AUGAAGAAAGCGCUGACUGCUCAACAUAUUUCUCCGAAGCGCUAUUCUCCUGGCGGAGGCAAACGCGCCCGUGAUGAAGUCCCAACGUGGACCGCGACCGUUCCUUACACUGUGAAUAAAUCUCAAAUGGCCAACCUCACACUAUAUUCUGUGUCGGCAGCGCUGAUACUCGACACGGACGGCAACCGCAUUCUAGCGAAGUACUACAAGCCUCCGCAUGGUGGGCUGCCGACAGGCACACGAUCACUCCACAACCUGAAGGAGCAAAGAGCGUUUGAAAAGGGUCUGUUUGACAAGACGAAGAAGGCAGGAGGCGACGUGAUCCUUUACGAUACCUACCUUGUCACCUACCGUCACUCCCUCGACCUGAUCUUCUACUUCCUCGCCCUGCCUUCUGAAAAUGAGCUUAUGGUAUCAACUGGACUGCAGACGUUCUUUGACGCAACACAGUUGUUAUUGAGGCAUUCUGUGGAGAAGAGAACGUUGUUGGAGAACUUGGAUCUUGUGUUGCUGGGGUUGGACGAGACGGUUGACGAUGGGAUCAUCCUGGAAACUGACCCGGCAACGAUCGCAGGACGUGUUUCGCGACCGAAGGCAGACACGACCGACAUCGUUCUGAAUGAGCAAACCCUGCUUUAUGCCUACAACAGGGUUAAGGAAGGUGUCCAGCAGCGUAUUUCUGCUGCCCUAUAGUAUUCUGUACAGUACACCCGUUGUUCCCCGCAUCACAGGCAGAUAGGGUGCCCAGAUAAUCCUCAUGCAUUGCAUUC